GUCCGUCGAAGCCGCGACACGGGACGCGGCGACGGGGGCCGUAUCCUGCACCAUGUUCCCGUGGCUCCUCGUGGCGCUGAGCGUCUGUGUCCAUCCCAGCACAGGUCUCCCACCACGCCACAUGGACUCGGUGGUUGAGAUCGUGGAAGCCCUUGAGUCAACCGACCGCGGUUUCACCGGCACCGUGCCGGAACUGGCGCGGGCGCUGGGUAGCUGCAGCACCCCGGGGUGCCGUGCGGUGUUGGGAGAACCACCCGACGUUCCACCAGCCCCACCGACGCUCAGCCACGAACAGUGGCUGCUCUUCACCCAACUCCUCCGCCACGACGCUGCGGCGCCUGAGCGCGGCGCGGUGCUGGCACCCGACGGCUCCACCGUCGCCCUCGGCCCCCUCCUCGCCGGCAUUGAGGUUGGCCUCAAGCGGGUCUCGGGGUGGCCCAUCCCCAACAUCGAGCCACCCGUCGACGCGCUCUACGCUGUCACCAUCGCCGAAGCUUUGGGGACGUCGUUCCUCUUGGCUCGUGAUGGUGACGGCAACCAAACCACGCUGGGACCCGGCGGCUGUUGGGACGACGUCGACGACCCCCAAAACUACACCCUGCUGGGACCCCCGUCACUCAUCCCUGAUGCCAUCGCCAACGGGGCGAUGGAUGGGGUGCUGUUGGGUGCACACCUGGCCCGAGCACCCAUCCCGCUCGCCGACCUUCUCCGGGGCUACUACGGGACAGGCAACGGCACGGAGAAGGGGCGACCCCCCAGCAGUUACCGGCGACGAGAUUUCCGGGUGCUGACGGAGCCAGGGAAGCUGGAGGAGGAGGUGGCGGCGAUGCUGAGGGUGCUGCGGGUGCUGCCACCCACCCAGGAGCUCUUGGAGGAUGUGGGGCCGGAGGAGGUGGUGGCCAUCGCUCAUCGGGCAGCACAGGAGUUCAUGGAGGUCUACGUGGACUGCCCGGCCAUCGUGCCCCGGUGCAUGUGGGGUGCCCGUCCCUACCGGGGCACCCCCAAGCCGUUGACCCUCCCCUUGGACUCCAUCUACAUCCACCACACCUUCAUACCCAGCGUCCCAUGCCGCACUUUCACGGCCUGCGCCCGCGCCAUGCGUGCCAUGCAACGCUUCCACCAGGACACCCGUGGUUGGGAUGACAUCGGCUACAGCUUCGUGGUGGGGUCGGAUGGGUACCUGUACCAAGGUCGGGGUUGGCACUGGGUUGGUGCCCACACCAAAGGCUACAACAGCAAAGGCUACGGCGUGGGCUACGUUGGAGACUUCUCGGCCACCUUGCCGGACCCUGACACCAUCGCCUUGGUGAGGGAUGGGCUCCUGCCCUGUGCCGUGCGGACCGGCCGGCUCCAUCAUAACUACACCCUACGUGGCCACCGCCAGAUGGGUCAUACUGACUGUCCCGGCAACUCCCUCUUCCAUGAGAUUGAGACCUGGCAUGGCUUCAAGUGAGGACCGGCCCUGUGGGUCCGGGUCUGGAUGGGUGCAGGCAAGGUUGGAUCAUGGUCCAGAUGGAUACUGGCCCAACGGGUGAUGGUCCGGAUGGACCCUGGUCCAACAGAUGUUGGCUCAAUGGACACCAGCCUGGAUGGACCCUGGUCCGGAUGGAUACCACUCUGAUGAACACCAGCCCAGAUGGACCCUGGUCCAGACAGACCUCGACCCAAUGGAUGACAUCACGGAUAGCCCCUGGUCCAGAUGGACACCAGCUCAAUGGCUGCCAACCCUGAUGGACACUGGUCUAGAGAGAUCCUGGUCCGGGUGGACACCAGCCCAACGGAUGCCAGCCUUGAUGGACCCUGGCCCAGAAGAACCCCAGCCUUGAAGGCUACCAGCCUGGGCAGAUCCUAGCCCAGAUGGGCACCAGCCCGGGUGGAUCUUGACCCCGGUGGCCCAGCAGACCAUCCCCAAAGCCAGGAACCACCAGAAAUCCCCUUGCAAUAAAGUCAAUGCCAGGACAUCA